AUUACUUGUUUAUUUGGGGACGUUUUUCAUUUACGGUUUCUUUCGUUGGGGACGUCUUUCAUUUGAGUUUGGUUUCCUUGGGGACGUCAUUCAUUUUGGCGCCUUUAAAGGAUUUGUAGAUUUCAUGGGAAUUGUGAAAUCAUUUUUAACGAAUGAAGACGAAAUAUUACAAAAGGAAGGACCAAUUACCUAUUCUAUAUGGCAGAUCGACGUAAGGAUAUGUGGCGGCUGUUAUACAGCGUGGUAAAUCGUGAUGAAACCGGCCUGCUGGAUAUCUUGGUGUUUGUCGAUGACAUUUUGUGCAAGGAACCAAGUCUGAUAAGACAUUCCCUCAAGGCCAACACCAAUAAGUUCCAGGAUGCUUUUAUUCUGUGGUUGGUCAAUAAGCUAUUGCGGUCUUUGAAUUUGGAAGAGGCACCCGAGGGGGAACUCUUUAGUAAAAAUCUAAAGAUACAACGUAAAUUGUUAAACUCCUGCCUGGUAAAUCGUGUGGUGCUAUUCGAAAAGUUGCUGAAGGCCUAUCUGAAUGCCAUUGAUGAGCUAUGUGAACAAUAUGGCAAACUGGAUACAUCACUGGAGGAUGUAAUGUUGAGAACAACUGCCUUUUCCACCGACGACCAUGAGGCAUUGAAGGAUAUUGAUGGCAAUUUCAGUUUCCCCAUAAUUGAAAUUAACAGCGAUGGGCUGGAUGAAUUUGUGCAAGCUCUAAUGCAAAUUGUCCAUCAUGGCCUGAGUGUGGGUUAUGUUAAUUUCCCAAAGAUAUUUCAAAAUAAUUUGCUGGUAAUCUUCAAGGCUUUGAAAGUAUGUGAUUUCUCCACCAAGCUCAUUUGCCUGCAAUAUGUGGGUAGAGUAUUUGAGAGAACAUGCUCACUAAUGGAAAUGCAGGGCAUGUAUGAAUUGUCCUUAAGAUCCCUGGCCACAAUGUGGAAUUAUUGUCCCAUGUGGUUGGCAAAUAAUUGCUUGACCCAGGAUAAUAUAGAGGAUUUUGUGGAGGAAUCUUGUUCGCUACUAAGAAUCCUGUAUAAAUUUAUUGUUCAACUGGAGCACAGAGCCUUGAUUCAACGCCAUUGCUUCCAAUUAAUGGAGAAUCUAUAUGAAGUCCAUCAAUGGCAAGGCUUGCAAAGGGCAAUGGAUUUAUCACGCCUCAAGGAGGUGGCUGGAGCUUUGAGCGAUUUCAUAUUUGCGCUGUUUGUGGAAAACCUCAAAACGCCCUCAAAAUAUGAAACAAAAUAUUCGAAAUUGAUUAUAAAAUAUGCUGAAGUAUUUCCAUUUGUAUUGCGUGCCGUCACACCACACUUGACCAGGGCCACAAAUCGCGAUGAGUUGAAUAUUUUGUUGAAACAUGUGGAAAAGAGUCUGGUGGAGGCUUUUAAAAUUAACAAAGAACAACAGAACUUCAAGAGAAACUAUGAUACGAUAAAGGAGUAUUUAAGUUUUGUGUACUUAUUGGAACACCUUAUCCUGUGGAGAGAUCAAAAGACAGCAGAAGACUUUAAGGCGACUCAAAAGAAAUCCGUUUUCUCAAAUCUUUCCACUUUGAAUGUGGACUCAUUGAAAAAUUCGUUGAAAAUUUGGCUGACAAAUGUAGCAACUACUUCUGCCAAGACCCCAAAUCCUGAUGAAAUUUCCAUAGCUGGCUUAUUAUUGCAAUGCUGCAGUUUUCGGGAGCUUUUUUCUGUGAAGCAACAGGAAAAAUUAAUGGAUCUGCUACUGAAACCCCUGCAAAACAUAGAUGUUUCACUGAAAGAAUUACCUGAAGCACUAUUACAUGCCUGUGAAUUGUCUUUGGAUAUUUUGGGACAACUUAGCCCUGGUCGUUCUUUGGCCAAAUCCAUAGGCCACACCCUACAACAUUUGGGAAAACGUGUCUUUGGGGAGAGAAAUGCCAAGCAACAUCUCGUUUCAAAAUAUUCCAAAAACAUACAAAACUACGUUCUCAAUGAAUGGUUGACGGCGGAUGUGAUAGCCAAAGAUUUGGCCAAAAACAUACGGGAGGAACAGCAUUAUCUCACCAUGCUAAAGGCCUUUGCUUGCCUGAAUGGCAGCAACAACUCUGUGAUUGUUUUGAAAUAUUUAAAAGAAUUUGAUCAGAUAAGUUCCCACAAUUAUCCUGGACUUUUGGCAACGCAAAUUACCUGCCACCAAUGUUAUUUAAAAUCCCAGGAAAAUGGAAAACUAAAAGAUUUCCACUCUCAAAGUAUGGCCGUUCUAAAACACCUGACUCUAAAUUCCCCGGGUCAACCAGUGGAAAUGCCCCACAAAAUGAAAGAAUAUCUCCUGCAGGAAUUUUUCAUAAAUCCCCAAAUGGAGUUUAUAACCAAUCAUUUGGAUUUCUGUCGCCAGGCCAUUGGUGAUAACUUUCUGGGCUCUCUAUUUCCCUCGGCCAACAAUAAGACCACUCUGCACAUGCCCACAGUGACGCCCAUACUCAGCAAAUGCAUUGCCGAAAAUCCCGACUUUCUCAAGGAAAUUUCAGCCAAUAUUCUCAGUCACAUCAUAGAAUCACUCAAGCCCCAACAGUCGGCGGACACCCAACUGCAUCAUCAACAGACUAUAUUGCAAAUCAUUACAAGUUGUAGUCAAAGCCAACAAUUGUCCGAAUUGUGGUUGUAUCAUUUUUUUAAAAUGCAUUUUUUCUAUCUCAUACAUCCCGAAUCAAAGGUGGUGCCGGAGGCCAUCCUUUGUGCCACGGAACUGUGUUCGGUCUAUCAAAAACAACCCAUACAACUGUGGAAUUGGUAUAAACGGGAUGCCCUCAAUUUAAUGGUCAAACUAAUGAUAUACGUUUACAUUAGUCGUGGCGUGAGAAUGACCCGAUCCCUAAAAUCGUUUACCAAAAUGCUUGGUUUUGCCUGUGUCCAGGAGUUCAUUUGUAAAUAUUAUCGUCUUUUGGUCACCAUGAUCUUGCCAUACUGUGUCAAGGAGCCCCGCUGCAAGGGUCUCUUGAUUAGUAUUUCGAAAAUAACCCGCAAACCGGUGAAUAAUCUCUUCAUUGUAUCCUUUUUGCGAAUUUACACUCAUAUCUAUUUGACGGAGGAACCGGAAAUUGGCAAUCGCUGUAUUGAAUUGAUUGGCAAGUGUACCGGAGCCAGCCUUAGCAAGCUGAUGAAUACGGAUGUGAAGCAAACUGUUUCCGAAUUCCUGGUCUAUUUCAAUCGAAGUCCCACCUUUGUAAUGCAGGCUUUCAGCUGCUUGCUGCCAAAUGAAGUGGGUGGCGCAACAGCAUCAUCAAGCAGUAGCAGCACCAGCUUACGAUCCUUCAAAAGUGCCACUCAUGAAUUUUCCAACUUCAUUGCCGAUCGUUUUCUGGGUGUUAUAACCUAUUUUCAAACCUGCCUCUCGGAGCCAUAUUUUGAAAAACCCCUGAAGGAAGAGACACUCUAUAGUUUGGGACAAAUUAUGCGAUUGAUUGGCCCCAACAAUGUCACCCAAUUCCGUUUCAAAAUUAUUGCCAUGUUAAGUUUUGUUCUGACCCUAGACGACAAGAACCUGCAAAGUAUUUGCCUGAAAAUAUGGAAUAUAUUUUUGCACACGGUGAAUAUUGAGGAGCUGGGUCCAUCGUUGAGCCGUAUUGUGGCUUCAUUGCAACCCCUGAUCGGUAGCUAUGCGGAGGAGAUAAAUGAUAUUUAUGAAUUUCUGAUAUUGAAAAGUGGUAGUCUGUUGGGCUCACAUAUUUCGGAUUUGUAUUUUUUGAAGGAUACCAAGGAGGUGAGGGGUGUCAUACGACAAUCUAUGGCAAGGCAAACGGAGUUGCUGAAACUUGAGGGUGGGGAAGAUAUUGCAGAGAAGCUGAGCUUCCUCUACAAUCAAAUCUGCAAUGAAAAUAGCCAGGUGAGAAUCUAUGGCCUGAAUUAUUUGGGUAGCUUUAUCAACAGAUAUCGUGGUGAGAUCAAUCACAUGAUCUUGGAUACCAUACCCCUGAAUCCUUUGAUUGAACGCAUUGUGGAUGAGGUGAUCAAGGGGUGCCGCCAUGAAGAUCGUAACAUCCAUUUGGCAUCGGCCAAAUGUCUGGGCGAAUUGGGCGCCAUUGAUCCAAGUUAUAUGUCGGCGAAUUUUUCGUUUAUGGGGAGUACGGAAAUCAGCCUGAGCAUGCACACCGAUGAUUUUGCCAUUAUGGCUUUGACGGAACUCUGUAGGGCUUAUCAGUUUCAAAAAGAUUCCAAAUAUGUGGAUAACUUCUCCCUGGCCAUACAGGAGACAUUGGCGGUUUUUGGUAUUUCUCCGAGGGAGAGUAAGAAAUUAAAUGUCUGGGAUGCCUUGCCGCUGAGAAUGCAACAGAUAAUGGAACCGCUGUUGUCAUCGUGUUAUACCGGUUCGCGGAGGGACAAGAAAAUAUCAGAACAUCCUUUGUUCAACAGCAGCCUGUGUCGGUCCUAUGAGGAAUGGUCCUUUGCCUGGGCCUGUCGUCUGAUAGAAUGGGUACAAACCGAUGAUACGAGACGUUUGCUGAAUUCCUACAAACCCAGCAUGAAGCGGGAUAGUAAAAUGUUGUCGAUAUUCUUCCCCUAUAUCUUGCUACAUGUCCUGCAGGAAUGUGAGGAGGGUAGAGAGGUGGAGAUCUAUGAGGAGUUUAUGGCGGUGUUUAAUUUUUGUAAUCGUGAUGCCACCCUGUCGGGUAGGGUGGAUGUGGGUGGUUUUAAGGAAUUUAAAUCAAGUAAAUAUUCAGCGGAUAAAGUUUCGGCUGGAGGAGGGGUUGGGACCUCUAAUUCAGCUAUGCUAAAUGCUGGGGCCUCCGAACAAUUCGAGGCCCUGGAAACGGUGACCCAAACCUGUACCAAAUUGUGUUCCGAACAGCUGGAUUUUCUAAAACGCUGGAUCCGUGAAUGGCUAAAGCAGAAUAUGAUGGGUGGCAAGUUCCGCCAGGAGGAUGACAAGUACAAAAACAUCGAUUCGUUUUUGAAGAAAUUCAAUAAGGCUGUGAUUUCCAAGGCCAAUUAUAAUUCAGGGGAAUAUGCCCGGGCUUUGCUGUAUUUGGAGGAAUACAUUGAGGAAAAACCGGCGAAGAGGCUGCAAGAACAAUUGUCGUAUUUGAUUGAAAUCCAUGGCAAGUUAAUGGAUUCCGAUUCGGUGGAGGGGGCGGUCUUUGUCAAGGAAACCGAUUUGUCUUUGGAAGAGGAAAUUCUGGUAAAUCGCCUGGUGGAUCGUCCCCAGGAGACCAUAAACUGUUAUCAGCAGCUGCUGCUGAAGGGUGAUGCCCAAAUCAAUCAGGAUCAUGUAAGCGGCAUAAUCCAAUGCUAUCUACGCACCGAUACCCCUGAGACGGCCCUGCUUAUCACCGAUGGCCUGUGGGAGAAAUUGGCCGAUCAAUACAACGAUGACUAUUUCAAGGAGUGUAAAACGGAAAUCCUUUGGCGUCUGGGACGUUAUGAUGAGUUACAGGAAUUGCUGGAGGACACGGCGGUUAAGAGUAAGACCAGCAACUGGAAUAUCCAGUGUGCCGAGGCCUUUUUGCUGUUUCGCCAACCCACCAUGCCGGGAGAGGAUGACCUCUUUGUCGAGCAAUUGGAUACGCUGCGCUCUCACAUUGUGGCCAGCAUGCGUUCCUGUUCGGGUGUGACGGGCAAUUCCUAUACCCAUUCCUAUGAUGAAGCCACCCGGCUGCAUUUGCUAAAUGAGUUGGAGAAAAACAAGAGAUUAUUAAAUCAAUUGCAGAGCAAUCUCAAAAUGGCCAGCUCCACGGCCGACCUACAAAACCUCAAACAAAAUUGCUUGGAAAAUUUGCAGGAGUUCUUUGGCAACUGGGAUGCCAGGCUGGUAAUUUUAGAGCCAUCGGCCCGCAUUUUGGAGGUAAUGUGUUUCCGAAGAAAUCUUCUGCUCGAGACCCAAAGGAUUCUGCAACAAAAUUAUCAAAGUUCCGAGGUAAGGGCCCAACAGGACCUGCUCACACCCAUCAACGGGGCAAUCAAUGAACAAAUUGUCAAGCUAUGGUUGCGUAGCAUCCAAAUGAAUCGGGAAUCGGGUUGUUUGCAACAGGCCGAAAUAUCCAUGAUGAAGGCGGAACCCUAUAAACCGGCCACCUUGUUUCUGGAGAAGGCAAAAUUGCUGUGGCAAAAGGGUGAUCAAACGAAUUGUUUUAAACUUUUGCAGGAUAAUCUCAAUGCCCUGGAGGCCACAUGUAAUGGUGACAUGCGGCGUCUUGAGGCCUCCAAACGUAUUAUUUAUGCCGAGGCGAAAUUUUUGCAGGCCACCUUUAAUGCCGAGUCCAUGAAUAUCUGUUCCGAACUGAAUUUGAAAUAUUUCAAUGAAGCAUUGGCCGCCAAUCGCACCUCGGAAAAGUGUCUCCUCCACUAUGCCCAGUAUAUUGAGAAAAUCUACGAUUCCUAUAGUCGUGAACAAAAGGAAUGCGAGCAUGGCUGUAGUCUUCUGCUGGACACCAUGUUGACCUAUGCCAAGUCCCUGAAAUAUGGCCACUCCCAUGUGUAUCAGUCCCUGCCCAGGAUUCUGAGUAUUUGGCUGGAUUUCACCUCUCAUUUGGCUUCAUUGACUGCCUCGGAUCAGCAGACGGCGAGCAAUAUGAACGCCGCAAAAAUGAAUAAUUUCCAAAGUUUGGCCAGGAAAAUGAAUGACAUGAUCCAGAACUGUAUCAAUGUGCUGCCCAUCUCGUUGUUCUACACGGCCUUUUCACAGCUGCUCAGUCGCAUUUGCCAUCCCUCGCCGGAUGUGUUUCGUAAUCUCAGUAAUAUUGUCAUCAAGCUCAUUGAACAUUUCCCUCAUCAGUCGCUCUGGAUGUUGUUGCCCAUAAUCAAGUCGUGCCACACAAAUCGCAUUAAACGCUCCCGGCUCAUACUCACCGAUGCCAGGUUGAGCAAGGCCAGUUUUCAAAAGCUACUCAACGAUUUUAAUAUUCUCGCGGAACGUCUCAUCGAGUUGACCAACAAGGAUAUUUCCUAUGAUCGUACCUAUCAGUUAAGUGCUCUGGUGCGUCAGCUGCCCCAGCUCUUUGCCGAUCCGAAAUUCUCAAAUAUUAUGCUGCCAUUUGAGAAAUAUAUGCAGGCCUCAUUCCCCAUAACCUCACAGACUGCAACGGAGAGUUUGAAUGUCACAUCGGUGACGGUGAAUCCCACUCCUGAUGCCUCCAUGCAAGCGGCAGUGCCCAGUUAUCCUUUUCCUGCGGGGGUUUUUAUAUGUGGUAUAUCCGAGGAGGUGGUGGUUUUACGAUCAGCGGCCAAGCCGAAAAAGAUCACCAUUGAAUGCAGCGAUGGCAAGUCGUAUAAUGUCAUGGUUAAGCCCAAGGAUGAUUUGCGCAAAGAUUUCCGACUAAUGGAAUUUAAUGGCCUGGUCAAGCGAUAUUUGCAUCAGGAUCCUCAGGCUCGCCAUCGUCACCUGCGCAUACGUACCUAUGCUGCGAUACCCUUCAACGAGGAAUGUGGUCUUGUCGAAUGGCUACCCAAUUUGAAUUCCUUUCGAGGAAUUUGCACCACCAUAUAUCGCAUGCGUGGCCUGGGUAUACCCGAUCGUAAUAUACGCCAGUAUGCCGUACCCAAAACGGAAUCCAUCGAAAAGAAACGGGCCGUUUUCCAAGAACUUUUGGCCCGUAAUCCACCAGUUUUCCACGAAUGGUUUAGGCAGCAAUUCCAUUCUCCACACAGCUGGUAUCAGGCAAGGAGUUCAUAUGUCAAGACCACUUCCGUUAUGUCAAUGGUGGGCUACAUUCUAGGGCUGGGCGAUCGUCAUGGUGAAAAUAUCCUUUUCGAUGAGACAAAUGGUGAUGCGGUACAUGUCGAUUUCAAUUGUCUCUUCAAUCAGGGUGAAUCGUUUGCCUACCCUGAAUUGGUACCAUUUCGUUUGACACACAACAUGACCUUUGCCAUGGGCCCACUAGGGGUGGAGGGUCUCUUCCGGAAAUGUUGUGAAAUAACAUUACGGCUGCUAAAGGGAGAAUCGAAGACAUUAAUGUCGGUGCUGCGGCCAUUUGUCUAUGAUAUUGGUUUCAUUGAUCGCUUGAAAACGAAGAAAACCAAUAGUAAUUUGGAGGUAACCGAUCCCAAGGCCAUAACAGAUGUCAAAAGGAUUGAAGAACGUUUACAGGGUUAUGUCAAAAGAACCCAAGGUUUCAGUAUUCCCUUGUCCACCGAGGGCCAUGUUAAUUUCCUUAUCAAUGAAGCCACCGACUUGGAUAAUUUGGCAGCUAUGUACAUAGGCUGGGGUUCCUAUAUUUGAAAUGAAUUUGUUAUAGAUUUUAUUUUAUUUAUUGUUAUUUUAUUUUUGUAAAAGAAAUAUAUUUUAGGUUAGGGUUGUAUGGAGGAAGAAUUUUUUUAAAACUCUACAUCCAACAACAAAAAUGAUUUUUCUAUGAAAAUAAUGUUAAGUUUUGAUGGAUUAAUGAAAUAAAAUAACCAAUGAAUUUUUUAAAG